GCGCGCCCCCUGCCAUCAUACGACACAUGCGUACACUUCCGGCUCGCGCAGACAUAUUCUCACAGAACAGCCCGUGAAAGCUCCAGUCACAGCGGAGUUAAAGUCCUGUGUUUGUCCUUCAGAGACACGCUUCAGUCCCGCAGGAGAUCAUGGAGCCGUCAGCCAGUCCGGCCAAGGAUAACUGCAGAAUGAACCGCUACAAAAACAAAGCCCUGAACCCCGAAGAGAUGAGGCGCCGCAGAGAAGAGGAGGGCAUCCAGCUCAGGAAACAGAAACGGGAACAGCAGCUUUUCAAAAGAAGAAACGUCGACGUCGUUAAUGAAGAUGAAGCCAUGUUCGAGAGCCCCCUGGUGGACGCGUACCUCACGUCUCCUGUGACGGAAGGAGUGAUAACAAAAGAGAUGGUCGACAUGCUUUUCUCCGAGGACCCAGAGCUUCAGCUGGCCACGACGCAAAAGUUUAGGAAGCUUCUGUCCAAAGAGCCGAAUCCCCCGAUCGAUGAAGUCAUAAACACGUCUGGAGUUGUGGAGAGAUUUGUGGAGUUUCUAAAGAAAGGAGACAACAGCACAUUACAGUUUGAAGCGGCGUGGGCUCUGACAAACAUCGCCUCGGGCACGUCGAUGCAGACCAAGACGGUGAUUGAGGCUGGAGCGGUGCCCGUCUUUAAAGAGCUUUUGAACUCAGAGUUUGAGGAUGUCCAGGAGCAGGCUGUGUGGGCCUUGGGGAACAUCGCAGGAGACAGCGCCGUGUGCAGAGACUACGUGCUCAACUGCCAAAUCCUCCCACCUCUACUACUGCUUUUGACCAAAUCCACCAGACUGACCAUGACUAGAAAUGCAGUUUGGGCUUUAUCCAACCUGUGUAGAGGAAAGAACCCUCCCCCUGCGUUUGAGAAGGUCUCCCCCUGCCUGCCCGUACUGUCCAGACUUUUAUUCAGCAGUGACCCGGACCUUCUGGCCGACGCCUGCUGGGCCCUGUCCUACCUGUCCGACGGCCCCAACGACAAGAUCCAGGCCGUGAUCGACUCUGGGGUCUGCAGGAGACUCGUGGAACUGCUCAUGCACACUGAUUAUAAAGUGGCGUCUCCGGCUUUGCGAGCUGUGGGCAACAUCGUCACAGGAGAUGAUAUUCAAACACAGGUUGUGCUGAACUGCUCCGCUCUGCCCUGCCUCCUCCACCUCCUCAGCAGCGCCAAGGAAUCCAUCCGAAAAGAGGCGUGCUGGACCAUUUCAAACAUCACGGCCGGAAACAGGGCUCAGAUACAAAAAGUAAUAGAUGCCAACAUUUUCCCCGUGCUCAUUGACAUUCUACAGAAGGCAGAGUUCAGAACCAGGAAAGAGGCGGCGUGGGCCAUCACCAACGCCACGUCUGGAGGAACGCCGGAGCAAAUCAGAUACUUGGUGAACCUGGGCUGUAUAAAGCCUCUGUGCGACCUGCUCACGGUCAUGGACUCAAAGAUCGUGCAGGUGGCUCUGAAUGGACUGGAGAACAUCUUGAGACUGGGCGAACAGGAGGCCAAACAGGAGAACAACGGCACAGGAGUCAACCCCUACUGCGCCCACAUCGAAGAAGCCUACGGUUUGGACAAGAUCGAGUUUCUUCAAAGCCACGACAACCAGGAGAUCUACCAGAAGGCGUUUGAGCUGAUCGAGCACUACUUCGGAGGAGAGGACGUGGACAGUGAACUGGCUCCACAAGUGGACCAGGCCAAUCAGCAGUACCUGUUUCCCCAGCAGGAGGCCCCGAUGGAGGGUUUCCAGCUAUAGACCCCCCGCCUCUUCAAAAACCCUCCACAAGCCCCGACUCUAGACUCCCAGUCCCCGUUACCUGUAGCGCCAACAUCUUACCGGAGAAUCCCUCUGUCGAUUCCCAAGCCUCUAACCCUCUGUGACCCCCGCUGUCCCCCCGGCCAUCGUCCUGUCACUGUCACGGGGCAGACUGUGGCGGUUUGGUCUGACGCUUUGAAACGAGCCCCGGCUUCAGCGCACAUACAGUUCCCUUCUGCCAUGUGACGGCUUCUAUUCCCUCUGUGGUGGAUUCGCUCCCUACGGUUUCUUGUUUCUUUUAUUGGACAUUCCAUAUAGAAAAAUGCAGAGGCAGAUUCCUAAUGGGAUGCUGUGGGUUAUUCCCCGUUUUCUUUGUCAAUCUGACGCAGUGCAAUCCAAACAGUCGUGUUCCCUUAUCCCUGUUUUUUCGAUUUAUUUAACCCCGACCCUAAGUUAUCUUUUUGUGUUUUUUUUCCCCCUUUUAUUUCAGAUGAUGAAAAGUGGUACUGGGAGACUCUUUUAGUCUAGUGCCACGCUCAACAUAUCUACAAAUGAAACUAGUCUGCGCAAACGGAGCGGAGAGGCUGCGAUAUAAACGAGUAAAGUCAGACCUCUUCCCUCUGUUAAAUCUAUGGUGGGGGUAAAACAAAACUAUAAAAAGGGCUGAGAUUUAUAUAUUUGAUAGGUUCGGGUUUUGAUGACAUUAAAAAAAAAAAAAAAAAUGUGGGUGGUAUAGCUAGAGAUCCAAUGUUCGUCGUGUGCCGUGUAAUUAACGAUUUGAAUUAUGAAGUGAUCUAACCUUUGACGUAAUGGCAGAGCUGUGGGGAUCGGAGAGACGGCGGAGGAGAGUUAUGUUUAGGGAAACGUACGCAGAGGCUAAAAUGUUACUAAAAACAUGACAUUUUUAGCAUUUGCUUUUCAGUCUUUUUCUUAAGCUUCCCGCAAGUGGCCGCUCUGUCCCCCAGUAGUCGCAGUAGGUGUUUUGCAUGGCGCGCAAUGCCCCGCCUACAGUCACACGAUAUCCCUGGUCAAACGCGGCGUUGGAGGUCGCAGGAAGUGACGAGAUGCUACUAAUCGCGUUUGGACUAAACGGUAAAUGCGUUUAUUGUUGAGCAGUGAUCGUGAAGUAUCUUUGGUGAUGUAUUUUCUAGUGGUAGAGCUGAUAUGUAAUGACCUGUAUCACUGCGGUCGGCGCCGCAGCGGCGCAGAGGUUUGGGUUUGUCGUCGUGGAGAAGUCGAGCCUCAAAGUGACUCGAGAGCAGCCGGAGGAUUUGUCCAGGGAUAUGACUCCGUGACGAGCCGAUUCAAGAUUCAAGUAGAAACGUGAACUUGGAUUUACUCUAAUGAUUCUAUUGCACACAGGUCACGCACACACACACCAGCCUACACUGUAAACACACAACACCUCACACAGAUCAGUGACCGCAGACACACAGCAGUUUCCACGCGACAGUUUGAGUUUUGUUUAAAGAAGCUGGAGGAGCUUCUGUGCUUUGAGCACUGAGUCUUUAUUAUUAUUUAAGUGCUGUUUUUGGUUAUUUUAAUGAAGAAUAAUUUGAGUUUUAUUAAUUUUGAAAAAGAUUCAACGUCUGUGGAAACUGCUGGGCGGCUGCUGGACACAUGACGUAUGAUUUGGUCGAAGUCUUGUGGCGCCUGAGGAUUCAGAGGUUAGCGUAGCGCCGUGGGAGGGUCGUCGUACGCGGCGUCGUCGCACGCGGCGUCCUGGAUCAGUGCUUGGUUUUGUGGAGAAGCUGAACUGUGAUGUGUGAUGUUUGACUGACGGCGCUGUGUGAGGAAGAGCUGUGACUCUGACUGUCCC